AUGCGUGUGGUAUCUCAACUUUUCGUCGCUUUGGCUCUCACUAGCUGUAUGAUACAAAUCUCUCAAGCUUUGCCUACUACCGAUAACAUGGUAAUGAAGCGCGAUGGCCUUCCUCUUGUUGGUGAUUUAUUGGGCGGUGCUCUUGGAGGUGGCGAUAGCCGUGCCACUAACGUUUCUGCCAGACCUGCUGGUCAGAGAAAGAAGAACAAGAUGGGUAACAAUAAAGUUCAUCCCAAGAAGGGGUCAAUGAAGCAGAACAAUUUUAAAAAGGUUAAGAAGGUCAAGAAGGCCAAGAAGGCCAAGCACGCUACUACAGAUACCAUGGAGUAA